AUGGAUGAGUUACAGUCAGUUUUCAGGAAGGCCUUCUGGUCUCUUGCGGCUGGAGGUUUGCUCUAUAUAAUUUUGAUAUUUGCCUUGACAUUCCCAGAAGUUCAACGUUUCGUUCUCUACGCCAACAAGAUCAAUCCUACUUACUGGCAGAACUUGAACCAGGUAGAGCAAUUUGGAUUUUCAAAAUCUCAGGUGCAGCCGUUCCACUUUGUAACAUCGGACAAUGAGGUUUUAUAUGGCUGGCAUAUGCUACCUCUUCAUCUUUGCCAUGAGCAUGAGCAGGAACUGAAUGAGAAUCCUCCAUCUGGACCGAUGCAUGAUUAUAGAGAAACUGUUGCCUACAAACUGCUGCACAAUGACCCCAACGCUCGAGUGGUAGUAAGCUUCCAUGGAAAUGCUGCCCAUCUUGCAUCAGCUCAACGCCCAAGUAAUUACAACCUACUUCUCGGGUUGUCAACUCCGUCAAACCCGAUUCACGUCUUUGCAAUUGACUAUCGUGGAUUUGGCCUAUCGUCUGGCAGCCCCACAGAAGAAGGACUCAUUACUGAUGGUGUCUCACUUCUCAAUUUCCUUACCGCUGGUCAUUUCCAGAUACCUCCUUCACGAAUUGUCAUUAGCGGUCAGAGUCUUGGAACUGCAGUCACAGCUGCAGUGGCCGAGCGAUAUGCAUUCGGAUCUCUCGAUCCUACUAUUGCCCAGCCUGCUCUCUUGGACCCCGAGCCCUUUGCUGGUGUAAUCCUUUUGGCAUCAUUCAGCAGUCUUCCCAGUCUUAUCGAGUCUUACAGUGUCAAAGGUCUUACUCCUCCGCUGCUGUCACCCCUAGUUGGUUAUCCCGGAUGCAAGAAGUGGGUGACGAGCCAUAUUGUGGAUAGCUGGAACACGGCUGGCCGGUUGGCUCGCUUGACAGGUGUAAAUUCUUCAGAUGCGGCUACACCUGUAUCAAAAUACUCGCACAAAAACGUCAAUCUCAUAAUUAUCCACGCCCUGAAUGAUGUGGAGAUUCCACGACACGAAGGGAGGCUUAACUGGGCCGCUGCUACAGGUGAAAAUAUUGAAAGCGCUCCGGGUAUUUUGACCUUGAAGAAAACCGGGAGUUCUGGCGAGGUCAAGAUCUGGGAGAACAGAAUUAUCAAUCAGGAUGGAAGCAAAGCUUUAAAGAGGGUUCGAUGGGAGCAGGUUCCAUAUGGUGGCCAUAACCGAGUUGCUUCAUUCUCGGUUACUGGUCUUGCCGUUCUACGCUCAUUUAAAGAGCAUUCCAAUUAA